AUAAAGUUGUAAAAUUUAAUUAGGGCUAGAAGUUAUCGUUGGUGGGUUUGUAGGGAUUGUUGAGAUAAAGCUGUGAAAUUUGAUUAGGAUUAGAAAUUACGUGUCUAUAAAUACAGUAUUUUUAUAGAAUUCAAUAUUAGUCGUAAUUUGAUGGAUAAACCAGUGUUCCGCACGAAAUCACAGCGUCAAUAUUCAGAGCCCCAGAGGUCCCCUGAUGUUGGCUUGAGGAAAAGAGCACGCUUGGAUGAAGAAGAAAACAAGCUACAGCAUGAGAAAGAAGUGCAACAAGUCAUAAAAAAGCAGUACAUGGGUUUUGAGAAGAAGCCAAAGAAAAGGGUUAUCAAGGCAAGAAGAUUUUGUUUCGACUGGGACAAAUCUGAUGAUACUUCUACUGAUCAUAAUGAAAAUCCCCAGGUGGCUCGCCUCCUUUUCGGUCGCGGCUCAUGGGCUGGGAUAGACAUUCAGGAGCAGAAGAAGAAGAACAAGGACCAGUACCUUCACUGGUCCAAAAAGGCUUUGCAUGAGAUGACUCCGAGAGACUGGCGAAUAUUUAAAGAAGAUUUUAAUAUUUCUUACAAGGGUUCUCGAGUACCUCACCCUGUCAGAAACUGGAACGAGAGUAAUCUGAGUUGGGAAUUGUUGAAGGUUGUGGAGAGAGCUGGGUACAAAACGCCUACCCCCAUUCAAAUGGCUUCCAUUCCCCUUGGAUUACAGCAACGUGAUGUUAUUGGCAUCGCGGAAACAGGGUCUGGGAAGACCGCGGCUUUUCUUCUUCCUUUGUUGAAUUACAUAAUUACUAAGUUACCUCCAAUGAGUGGGGACAAUAGGGAGGAGGGUCCUUAUGCGGUUGUCAUGGCGCCAACUCGAGAGCUUGCUCAGCAGAUUGAACAUGAAACUGUCAAGUUUGCGCGCUAUUUAGGCAUUAAAGUUGUUUCUAUUGUUGGUGGAAAAUCGAUUGAUGAACAAGCUUUGAAGAUUAGGCAAGGCUGUGAGGUCAUCAUUGCGACUCCAGGGCGUCUCAUUGACUGCUUAGAGAGGCAAUAUGUUGUUCUUAAUCAGUGUAACUAUGUUGUUCUUGAUGAAGCUGAUCGGAUGAUUGACAUGGGCUUUGAGCCCCAAAUUGUACGAGUCCUGGAUGCAAUGCCGUCAACCAAUUUCAAACCAGGGAAUGAGGAUGAGGAGCUUGAUGAGAAGAAGAUUUACCGGACAACUUAUAUGUUUAGUGCUACAAUGCCACCUGCUGUUGAACGUCUGGCCAGGAAGUACUUGAGGAAUCCUGUAGUCGUUAGCACUAGUACUGCAGGAAAAGCGACUCACCUUAUUUCUCAACAUGUCAUGUUGGUAAAGGAUUCGCAGAAAAUGGUCAAGUUGCAGGAAUUGUUGGAUCAACUCGGUGAUCAGACUGUUAUUGUGUUUGUCAACACGAGGAAGGCUGCUGAUUUUAUUUCUGAUCAUAAGGCCAACUACCGCCUAACAACUUUGCACGGUGGCAAGUCAAAGGAUCAGAGGGAUUUUGUUUUAGAAGACUUCAGGAACAAAAGAUACAAUAUCUUAGUGGCCACUGAUGUAGCAGGACGAGGUAUUGAUAUACCUGAUUUGGCUCAUGUAAUUAAUUAUGAUAUGGCUCCUGAUAUUGAAACAUACACCCAUCGUAUUGGACGGACAGGACGUGCAGGGAAGAAAGGUAUAGCCACAACAUUGCUGACAAUACAAGACAGUCAUGUCUUUUAUGACCUCAAGCAGAUGCUUAUCCAGAGUAAGAGUCCUGUACCACCGGAAUUAUCAAGACACGAGGCGUCAAAAUGUAAGCCUGGUUCUCUUCCCGACAGACCACCUAGAUGCAAUAACAUGUAA